AUGGCUUGGUUUGACGACUCCUGGGAUGUCCAAGAAGCCGAUGUCGCUUCCGCCCAAAAGUACGGCGAUGUUGCCCAGCAGGCCAUUGCCCUCCUCUCCAAGUUCAAGACCGAGGCCAAGACCGUCCACGACCUCCUGAAGCACCUCUCGGAAGCCGCUGCCCAGAUCGAGGCUCUGGAGAAGGCCAAGGCUGAUCUUGAGGCUCAGCUCGCCACCCCCGCCGCGAGCGAGGCUGCUGAGGAGGCUCCCGCCGCCGAGGAGGAGAAGGCCGUCGAAGAGACCCCCGCCGAGCCCGAGAAGGUCGCUGAGGAGGUCCCUGCUGCUGCUGAGCCUGAGGAGGAGAAGCCCGCUGAGGAGGAAAAGGCCGCCCCUGUCGAGGAGGUCCCCGCCGCUGAACCCGAGAAGGCUGCCGAGGAGGAGAAGCCUGCCGCCGAGGCUGAGGUCGAGAAGCCCGUCGAGGCCGAGCCCGAAAAGCCCGCCGAAGAGGCCCCCGCCGCCGAGGAGGAGAAGGUCGCAGAGCCCGAGAAGGUUGCCGAACCCGAAGAGAAGCCCGCCGAGGUCGAACCCGAGAAGGUCGUCGAGGAGGCCCCCGCUGCUCCCGCGGAGGAGAAGCCUGUCGAGGCCCCGGUCGCCGAAGAGAAGCCCGCCCCCGUCGAGGAGGAGAAGCCAGCUCCCGCUGAGGAGAAGGCCGCUGAGCCUGAGAAGGUCGAGGCCGAGAAGCCUACUGAGGAGGAAAAGCCCACAGAAGCCCCCGCCGCCGAAGAGAAGCCCGUUGAGGCUCCCGUCGUCGAGGAGAAGCCUGCACCUGUCGAGGAGAAGGCCGUCGAGGCCCCUGCUGCUGAAGUCGAGAAGCCUGCCGAGCCCGAGGCCGCUAAGCCCGUCGAAGAGACUCCCGCUGCUGAGGAGAAGCCGGUUGAGGAGGAGAAGGCUGCUGAGAAGGUCGCCGAGGAGGAAAAGCCCGCUCCCGUCGAGGAGAAGGCUGCCCCCGUUGAGGAGACUCCCGCCGCCGAGCCUGAGAAGCCAGCCGAGGAGAAGCCCGCUGAAGCCGAGAAGCCAGUAGAGGCCCCCGCUGCUGAAGAAAAGCCCGCCCCUGUCGAGGAGAAGGUUGUUGAGGAGAAGCCCGUCGAGGUCGAGACACCCGCCGUUGAGGAGAAGGCUGUUGAGGCUCCCGUAGUGGAAGAGAAGCCCGCUCCUGUGGAAGAGAAGGCUGCCCCCGUUGAGGAGACUCCCGUCGCCGAGCCUGAGAAGCCAGCCGAGGAGAAGCCCGCUGAAGUCGAGAAGGUUGUCGAGGCUCCCGUUGCCGAGGAGAAGCCCGUAGAGGCUGAGCCCACAAAGGCCGAGCCUGUACCCGAGCCCGUCGCUGAGGUCAAGAAGGCCGAGCCCGUCGUGGAACCCAAGAAGGUCGAGACAAUAAUCGCCCAACUCAACGGAGCUGCCGCCCCCGAGGUCUCCCAGCUUGUUGCCCCCAAGGCCUAA